AUGGAGCAGCAAUUGGAUAGGAGAGUCGAAGUCCGCAGUGGACAUCUUGUGGUGGGAGGCAAGAUCGUCCUGCGCAAUGUUGCCGCCAACGUGACCGUAUCCCCAAGCCCUACCGGCGUGGGGGCAUUCAUAGGAGUGACUGCUCACCAAGCGGCCUCAGCUCAUGAGUUUGAUUUGGGAACAUUAACGGCCACUCGUUUUCUUUCAUCAUUCCGCUUCAAGUUGUGGUGGCAACGUCAGCGGACCGCUGACAAUGGAUCAAGUGUUGCGCCCGAGACGCAGUUCCUUCUACUCGAACUGAAGGGCACCCACACAGCUGACAAGCCCACCUAUGUAGUACUUUUUCCAAUCAUAGAAGGCCGCUUUCGGGCUUGCCUUCAAGGUGGCCCCAAUGAUCGGAUCCAGAUUGUUGUUGAAUCAGGGAGUACAUCUGUAACCGAGUCCCACUUCAAGGCCGUUGCUUACAUUGGCAGCCACGCUGAGGACCCGUACACUGCCAUCAAGGAGGGCGUCGAGGAAGUUGCAAAGCAUCUCAAAAGCUUCCAAACACGCACACAGAAAAAGAUUCCAGGGAUGCUAUCAUACUUCGGUUGGUGCACGUGGGAUGCUUUUUACACCAAGGUGCAUGCUGCUGGUAUCGAACAAGGGCUGAAGAGCCUGCGUGAGGCUGGGGCGCCUCCGGGUUUCCUCAUCAUUGACGACGGCUGGCAGUCGGUGGCGGCUGACGGGGAGGAUGGCUUGCAGCUCGACCCCCCCUUUACCAUACAGGCAAGCAUGCGGCUGGUCAGUGUGGAGGAGAACAGCAAGUUUCGGAAGGGGCAGGCGGGUAGCGCUGAGGAGGACGAACGCAGGCCCGAGAACCUGCGGGCGUUCAUCCGCAAGCUAAAGGCGGAGCUGGGGGUGAAGAAAGUGCUCGUGUGGCAUGCACUGGGGGGAUAUUGGGGCGGCGUUCGCCCCGGCCUGUAUGGAUCCACGUUGCAUACCCCGGUCGUGUCGGCGGGCGUGCGUGCGAAUCAGCCGGACGCAGCGCCAAAGGACAUUGAGGCGUUCGGGGCGGAAGUCAUGGCGCCGGGCGGGGACAGAAUUCUGUCGCACCACCCUAUGGCCCACUAUCACUCCGGAGCGCGCGCCGUGGGAGUCAUGGCGCCCGACCAGGUGGCGGCUUUUUACACCGCACAAUACGGGUAUCUGGCGGGGGCAGGUGUGGACGGUGUGAAGGUGGACGUGCAGUGCGCACUGGAGACGCUCGCGGAGCACUUCGGCGGCCGCGUCGCGCUGACCGCCGCGUACCAGACCGCGCUCGCGGCCUCGGUCGCGGCGCACUUCCCGGACAACGACGCCAUCUCGUCCAUGAGCCACGGCAACGACGCGCUGUACACAUCGCGCACCGUCAACACCGCACGCGCCAGCGACGACUUCUGGCCGUGGGACCCGGCCAGCCACACCAUCCACGUGGCAGCGUGCGCGUACGUCAGCGUGUUCAUGGGCGACUUUACCACGCCCGACUGGGACAUGUUCCAGUCGCGCCACCCCAUGGCGCACUACCACGCCGCCGCGCGCGCCGUUGCGGGCUGCGCCGUCUAUGUAUCCGACCAUCCAGGCGAGCACGACCCCGACGUUCUGCGCAAGCUGGUGCUGCCCGACGGUCGGGUGCUGCGCGCCCGCCUGCCUGGGCGCCCCACGGUGGAUUGCCUGUUCGCCGACCCCUGCAGUGACCAGAAGACUCCGCUCAAGAUUUGGAACAUGAACGCUACCACAGCCGUCGUGGGGGCGUUCAACUGCCAGGGUGCUGCAUGGAGCGCCGUGGAGAAGGUGCAGGUGGUCCACGACUCAGCGCCAGGCCCCGUCAGCGGCACUGUAGGCGGUGCGGACAUCCCCGGGUUAGCCCAGCUGGCAGGGCCCCAUUGGACCGGAGACCUCGUCGUCUACAGCCUGCAGCAUGCCACCGUGACCCGUGUAUCAGCGGACAGCGGAGUACCCUUCGCUCUCCCCGCGAAAGAGUAUGACGUCUUCACCCUCGCUCCCGUGCACGCUCUCCCCUGCGGCACACACGUUGCAGCGGUGGGUUUGGUUGACAUGUACAACGGAGGGGGCGCCGUCCACAGCUUGGCGCUACGGGAACGGGCCGCCGUAGAAAUCGACCUUGUCGGAGGGGGAAAGUUCGUAGUGUACGCUUCGGCGAAGCCACAGCGAUGCACCUUGAAUGGAGCGGUAACGCCGUUUACUUACGAGGGCACGGCGCAGAUUAUUGCGCUGACCAUCCCCUUCCAGUCGGGGUCAUCAAGCUUGAAGCUUGACUUUUAGGACAUGGAAGCAAGCUCUGCGAAAUGAGCAGAUAGACAGUUGGCCGGGCCAGCGCUUUAGUAUUUAUGCAGGGUACUUGUCGAUCAGUGCCAGGAUACCGCGCACUACAUAAAGAACUUCGAAAAGAAGUCAAGCUAAAGCUUAAGUUAAGUCGGCCAGCCUUGCGAAUUGAGCAGAUAGACAAGUGGCAGGGCUAGUGCUUUAGUACGUGUGCAGGGUACUUGUCAAUCAGCGCCAUGCAAGAUACCGCGCGCUGUGACAAAAGAUUUUCGUAAAGAAGUCGGACGGAAGCUUAAGUUAGGUCGAAUUGCGUUCAAGCAUUAUUUUCAGUGCCGAAAACAUUCUCAUUCGUGAACCCAUGCAACUCGAUAAGCUUAUCGAAG